GCCCGAGUAUAACUAUCUAUUGCAUGGAACGUCCAUGAUUGUUACAAUUUUUAUUGAUUGAAACUAAGCUUUGUUGUUUCAAUAUUCAUAAGUGGAUGUGGCUCUAAAGAGUGUUUGUAUCCCACAUCAGAUGAGUAGGACCACCUAAUGUUGGUUUAUAUGCUUAAGUGGACUCUAUACUCAUCGCCAAUUGAUGUUGGGUUGGAUGCUUUAACAUGGUAUCAGAGCUAGACCUUGGGUGGUUAGUGGGCAAAAUCGCUUACCCAUUUGACUUUCUCGCUAUGCAUGUUUGUCUGCUUGUUUGCACCUGUGAGGUCGAGUCCCCGUGAGGGAAGAUGUAAAGAGAGUUUGUAUCCCAUAUCAAAUGCUUAAGAUCACUAAAGGUUGGUUUAUAUGCUAACAAGGCCUCUCCACUUAUUGUCAAUUUGUUUUAGGUUGUAUGCUCUAAUAGUGGCCACACAAUCCAAAUGAAAAAAAUAUUAGUAAAAUUGUGAUAUACAUUGUUGAUAUUGACAAUGUAACAUAAAAAAUGGCUUAAGCUGCAUGUAUAUUUUCAAUUUUUUCCUUUUAAUAUGGGAAGAUGAUUCAAAAACUUAGAAAUACACAACAUUGGUAUAAUGCAUGGUAUUUGCACAAAAGUAAGCCUAUAGGAUUUAAAUCACUUCUACCACUUUAAUAUUUCACAAAAUUUGUGUCAGGUCACUGUGUCAUUUUGCCUUUCCCAGAAAUAUAUUUUACUUUCUUGUGGUUUGAUCAUACCAGCUUGUGCACCAGAAACAUGCAUGAAACCCAGUUAGGAUAAUGGAUUGGGGUGAAACCAACAGUUUUUCCAUUCAAACUCAUGGUUGUCGAACAAAGUCAAAAUCUUGAGUAAAAUCAGUCAAAAUGUCCCGUCUAUAAAAUUAGUGAAUUGAAAAGACAAAUAUAGCCUUGUAAAUAUUAUAAGUUUCCUAUCUACUUCUGAAAAUUAAGUCUCCAUUCGAUUUUCUAAGUAUGAGAGUGAUUUGGUGUCGAGACAAAAAAGUAGUCGAACAAACAAGAAUAUGAAGGGUAUUAAUGUCCUCUUUUGGGCGCGAUCAAUCUGUUUAGUUGUUGGAUUUAGUCCAUAGUACGAAGGGGGCUAUGUGCAUACUCUAAAUCAUAGGUGACCUUUGUGGACUGUACUAUUGAAAGGUAAAAUGAACCCUUAAAUUUUAAGCUAAGCAGAGAAACUAUUCUGACUGAAUCUCUUCUCUACAGAGGCUCUCAAACCCAAACGUUGCAACAUUCAUGAGAAUUCUUGAACUGUGGUUUGUGUGUUCAUGACUUUUCACCAUGUGCAUAUUUAUACCUUCAGAACAACAUAUAAAAGAAAAAGGAACAGAAGAGGAACCUUAUCUGGGGUUAUUUAUCUUUCGUAGGUCUUAAAAUCUCAUGCUCACCACUUAUAAAUUGAACUGUUCUGCUGAGAAAAGUUUAUCACAGCAUCUUAGUGUGCAUCUUUUUGUAGAGAAUGAAGGAGUGCAGUACCGAGACUGUAACUACUCCCCCAAAAGUACAGAAGCUUGAGAGGUUGCAAACGAUAGAAAAAGAACACAAGGAUGCAUUAAAACGAGCAGUUACUUUAAACAUACCUCAUGCUGUGACCACCCCAGAAGAGGAACCCUCUGGGGACAUUGAAGUGGAAUCGACUUCUGGCCAAAAGGAUGUGGGACCAUCUCAAAAUGAGGGUAAAGAAGCUUCAACAGCUAAAACAAAGCCCUGUGACGCAAGAACAAACUGGAAUCAUGUGGUUGAGAAGCUUUUCAAGAGGAAUGGGUCGGGGGAACUGCUAUUGAAGAGAGAUGAAAUUUCCCCCAGAUAA